CCACUCUGUUUUUUGUGGAGGAGAGAGAACCAUAUUUUUUUCCCUCUUCACUUUUCUAUUUCCCCCAAAAAACUCUUUCCCUCAUCAAAAAGACAUGAUUUUUGUAUUUAAUUAUAAAAAGGGAAAAUUUUGACGGUAGUACGUAGAAAUAUAAUGGGGAUUGUUGUAUAACAAUAAUUGUUAUUACCAACAAAAACAACAAAGAAAAAUAAAAGGAGUAAAAUUGUUGUUUUUGUUUUUGCUGUAGUAAGAAGUGUAUAGUAGUAUAAGUGAUGAUGAUGAUUAUGUUGUUAUUUUAAUGGAGUUUGUGACAAAACGAUGGCGUUUCGAGAUGUUGUGGUUGAUGGUGAUGAUGAUGAUGCUGGUACAAUUCCCAUUUCUAGACCUUCUGCUGUUGAUGGAUCAUCCUCCCUUUUAAAUGAAGACUUAAUGUGGCCGGUAAAUCUGAGAUCGUCUGAAGCAAUGGAUACCGGAAUUUAUCCGCCUGGUCCGUACCCUGAGCGUGAAGGGGAACCAGAUUGUUCCUUCUAUCUCAGAACUGGACUUUGUAGAUUUGGUUCGACAUGCCGCUUCAAUCAUCCUCCUAAUUUGAAGCUAGCACUUGCUACUGCAAGAAUGAAGGGGGAGUUUCCCGAAAGGAUAGGUCUACCUGAAUGCCAGUAUUAUUUGAAGACGGGCACUUGCAAGUUCGGAGCGACAUGCAAGUUUCACCAUCCUAAAGACAAAGCAGGGAUUGCUGGACGAGUCCCAUUAAAUGUUCUAGGCUACCCACUUCGUCCGAAUGAAUCUGAGUGUGCAUACUAUGUAAGAACAGGACAAUGCAAAUUUGGAAGCACAUGUAAGUUCCAUCACCCCCUACCAUAUAAUUCUUUUGGGAGUUCUUCAGUGUAUCCUGCUGUUCAGUCUCCAACGACUCCUGGUCAGCAGUCGUAUCCAGGAGGAUUAACGAAUUGGUCUUUGUCGAGAGCCUCGAUCAUUCCCAGUCCACGUUGGCAAGGGCCUUCAAGUUACACACCUUUGAUUCUUCCACAAGGAAUGGUUUCAGUUCCGGGAUGGAAUGCCUAUAUGGGCCAGAUGGGUUCAGUUUCGUCAGCUGAAGGGCAACAGCAAACAGCAGGAGAUAGUGCAGGAUAUGGAAGUGCACGGCAAAGUGAAUCCGCUGUUUCUGCUUCCUAUCGCUCUGGUACUGUCCCAAUGAGUUACUACGCGCUGCAGAGGGAAAAUGUUUUUCCCGAGAGACCUGGGCAACCUGAAUGUCAAUACUACAUGAAAACCGGUGAUUGUAAGUUUGGUGCAGUAUGUCGUUUCCAUCAUCCCAGAGAAAGACUAAUUCCAGCUCCUGAUUGCCUCUUGAGUGCUCUGGGUUUGCCUUUGCGACCGGGAGAACCUUUGUGCAUAUUCUAUUCUCGAUACGGUAUAUGCAAAUUCGGUCCAAACUGCAAGUUCAACCAUCCAAUGGGAAUUUUUGCUUACAAUGUCUCACCAACCUCCACCGAUACAUCUGCUAUGUGGCGUUAUCUAGGAUCAUCUUCAGCAUCCGCUGGGCUAACAUUAACAUCAGAAGGAAUAAUGGAGACUGCUGGCCCUGGGAAGAACCGAAGGCUGUCUUUGUCAGAAACGAGAGAUCUGCAGCCAGGUGAUGAUGAAGUUGAGACCGACUGAUAGAUAAACGCUAAAAGCAAAGCUAAAAAGCUAAAGCCUUCCUCCUAAUACAAACAAGCUUGGUAGGUUACUCCCCUUUUUGCAAUCUUUUGCAGCAUAAAGAGGAGUUUACCUGUAAAUUUAUUUGCUCCAUUGCUGAAGAUGUACAGCCUCCUCCAUCUUUUAUGUUGAUUAUAUCAUUAUAUAUACUCUACGAACGAAAACCAUAAAAAAAAUGUAUUAAUAUAAUAACAGCCCAUAGUUUUUGGACAUCCUCCUCUUUUUCCUUCAUGUGCUGUAUAAACCCGAAAAUUAUUGUCACAAUUGGUGAAACCGUUGUGAACAAUUGAUCAGCUUUUGUUAUGGAAAAUCUUGAAUUGAAAUUUUCAGUGAAGAUUUUCUGUUCAUUUCUUGUA